GGAGCUCCAACGGCGGCCGGGGCCGAGAUCCGUUGGGGAGGAAGCUGCGGCAGCGGGAGGUGCAGGUGUGAGUCCGGCGGUCCGUUAGCCGCCCGCACUGCGCCCCUCGCCGUCCCGGCCAUUGGUCGGAGGUCUGCAAGAGCCGGGGUGACUCUCGGAUCUAUGCCCUGGGGGAGCGGCAACACCAGAUUCAUGGCCACCGCGGCUGCUCCGUCUUCCUUGGCCCUCAGCGCCUCCAGCACGGCCGGGGCCCCCAGCUCAUAUGGAGUCUUCUGCAAAGGGCUCUCCCGCACCCUGCUCGCCUUCUUCGAGCUGGCCUGGCAGCUGCGCAUGAACUUCCCGUAUUUCUACGUCGCGGGCUCGGUGAUCCUCAACAUCCGCUUGCAGGUACAUAUUUAGUGCCGUGAUUACGCUGCCUACAUCCCGGCCAGGACAUGGCGGACUCCCAGGAGGCCUGGCGGCGGUGAAGAAAAUUUGUAAGCACGGAGCUCUGGAAUCUCGCGAGAGGUCGUGAGCGCUCUGUGCGGUUGCGCUCUCGGAUCCUACCGGAGCUUCCAGGGCCGGGGCGGAAAGCGGGUCGAGGCUAGAGAAAGGAAAUGCGCGAUUUUCCGGGGACAGCAAAGAACUUCAGUUAAGGCCUACGACAAUAUUUAAGACGCUUUGCAGCCUUAAAAACAGGACGAACAUGAUGCCGGGUAAAGAAAAGGGCGGCUACUAAAGUUUUAAGAAAAAAAAAAUGUUAAUGUACGAGCUCACGGUCCAAAUUAAAAUAAAACAAAUUUCGGGAAGAUGGGAUUGGACUAGAACCAAGACAUUGAAUGAAUAAGAAGCUGAAGAUCUUAAAGAGAUACGUGGAAGGCAAAUAUAUUUCUUCAACAAGAGAAAACAAUGACAGUCUGAAAUUCUCAGUGAAAAUAACCACAAGUGUACAGGAAAAACAUCCUUCUAAUACCAAACAACGAAAAAUGCUGCUGGAUUUUGAACAGGGUUGGAGUUUUAGAAAGUGGACCCUCUUGCAGUGUCCGUGUAAUUCAAGACCUUGGAACCAAAGAAAAGGAAGUCCAGUCAUAGCACUAACCUUGGUUAUUUUGUGAAUAACACUUCAGUAAUCAUAUUAAUUAAUGUAAAUGCUGUUUAUGGUUUUUAUCUUUUGAGAGAAUACUUAAUUAUGGUUACAAAGUAGAAUGCAAAUGUUAACAGCUUUGAUAAUGGAAAAGUACAGUUUUCAAGUAGGGUUGUUGAAGGGGGAGGGGAAAGUAUAUGGAAUGGUAAUGAUGUCCUUAUAAAGUGGGAAGUUCAGAGAUACAGUCUUGUUGAUGUGGAGAAGAAGCAUUUGAUUAUUUAAAGGGUAAAGGGCACAAAGAGUAUGCCAUAAAGUUGCUAAAAUCGUAAUAUAACUAUAUUUAAGAGGGAGGAGAGUAGGGGAGAACAGCUUGAAUUCAGUAAGAAAUGACUAAAGAUAGGUAGAAUGUCUCAAAAAGAAAAACUGAGAAUACCGGAUGUGUUUGAAUAUAAAGACAAGAGAUACUUAGUUUUUCAGAGUCUGGGGAUGGAUUAGUGAUCUGCAGAGUUUUUAAAAAUUAAGGAAACAAACGUGCCUGGGUGGCUCAGUCGGUUGAGCAUCUGACUUCGGCUCAGGUCAUAAUCUCAAGGCUUGCAGGUUUGAGCCCUGCAUUGGGCUCUGUGCUGACAGCUCAGAGCCUGGAGCCUGCUUCAGAUUCUGUGUCUCUGUCUUUACCCCUCCUCUGUUUCUGCUCUGUCUCUUUCUCAAAAAUAAACAAUAAAAAAAUUAAGGAAACAAAUUUAUUAUGAAACAGGACAAUUCAGUUUUUCAAAAACUACACUGCAUACUUCCAAAUUAUGAAUAAUACUAGUCCUAUAAAGUCAGUCAUAAUUAUAUAAAUGCUGAAUACUAAUACAACAAGAAAUGAUUGUGUAACAUUGUGGGGAUUGGAGAGGAUACAGGUAUGUGUAAUGGGGAAGAAUCAGUCAAGAUCUAAUGUAGAGAAGUCAAUAAAUCAGUAUAUAGACAAUCAGAAAAAACAAAAAUAAACAUAAGAAGUGGUUGUCUUGAGAAAAAAAUCAGAGAUGAGUAGAGAAAAGAUAGAGGAUUGCUGUCUUUCACUACCAGUGUAACAGUACUUUGGUUUUUCUUAACUGUAUAUUUAUUUCCUUGAUUAAAAAUUAAUUUAGGGAGACCCGAGUGGCUCAGUCAGUUGAGCAUUGGACUCUUGAUUUCAGCUCAGGUCAUGAUCCCAGGGUUGUGAGAUCGAGCUCCGAGUCAGGCUUCAUGCUGAGUAUGGAGCCUGCUUAGAAUUCUCUGUCUCUCUCUUUCUUUCUCUCUCUCUCUCUCUCUCAAAAAAUAAUUUAAGUUUUAUUUUUAGAAGUUCCCCCCCAGGCAAUUGAAAAGUACAGCAUUGGUUAAGAGCCACCAUAGUGAAAUGGAAUUGAGUUUUUCAAUCAGGCCGAUCAUUGUUAAAAUACAAACUUCAUUUUGUGGUCUUAGGUGAGUCCAUUAAUCUGCCUAAAACCCAAUUUCCUCAACUAUAAAUGAAGAUAAAAAUACCUACUUUAAAAAAUCAGUCUGAGAAUUGAAGAUAAGCCUGCCUUAGUGCUUGAUGCAUACACAAUAAACCGUAUCUGUUCCAACAGAAGAUCUCAUUAACAUGUGAAUGAAACUUAAAACUCACAGAAUACCGAUUUUUUUCCAGUAGAGCUUUUCAAGCCUGAAGGAAAUCCAUAAGGUGCUGACCUUGGGGGUAUGGGGCAGAUCCUCCAGAAGGAUUUUAGGUGAGAUAAAAGCGGCCAUUGUUUGCAGAGGUCAAGGUUUAAACUAUUUCCAGUGUUUUGUGUUCCACUAAUUGUGUCCCACCAACAAGUAUACUCUAGGGUUGGUGAAAUAAGUGUCCCCUUAAGCACCAGGUCUGGCUUUGGGAAAUUGUAUUUCCUACCCUUUAUUCCUUGUCUCUAAGCUAUUGGGUCAUGUCCUCCUCUUACUACUUUACUUUUUUCUGCCUUCUCUAUUUUUUUUCUGUUUUUUUUUUUUUGUCUUUUCUUGUCUUUUUUCUUUUCUUUUUGCCUGUUGUUACUCUAGCUGUGUUUCAAGGCUGAACUUAGAUGUCACUGUUUUAAUUUAGUUUUUCCCAGAUUCCCCUGACUAUAUUAAGUUAAUUUCUUUUACUCCAUCCAAAGGCUGUGUUAACAUCAACUUAUGCCAUUUUCAUGGGCUGCCUCAUUUUUGCCUAAUUGUGCAUUCGUUAUCAGAUGUGGGUUUUUGUUUUUAAAUAUCCAAGAGAGCGGUUUCUAUAAUCUCUAACCUUGGUUAUUACAUAUUGCCCUGAGAGUGCAGGAACUAAAACAUUUUAAUCUAAAACGUCAGAAAUGUAAUUUGAUCAAUGAAGUCUGCCAAGGGACUUACCGAUGGUGAGCGUCACUAUUCCCUGGAUGUACUCGUGUCUUCGUACCAAAGAAUGGCUACCAUUACUCCUGGUACAGUGAGGUAUGGGGAUGCUCCAUUCAGGUGGCUACAUGAACAUGUGCCUUCUUCAACCUUUUUUCUUCAGAUCAGCCUUUUGUUACACUAAAGAAACCACGGCACUUAGCACUUACUAUAUCAUAUCCUCCAGCUAUACUGGAAACUGUGAGGGAAGAUAUUGUAUCCUAUCCAGUUUUACAGCCUGUAUAGUAUCAGCAAAUAUAAAGUAGGAACCGAAUGAAGGCUCCAUGACUUACCCUUUAUUCUUCACAAUUGCUCUUACACCCAGUCCCUAUUUUUCUUCCAACAUUUAUAACUUACUGAAGUUUCCCAGGGGAGAAAACACGAUUUUUGCCCUGACUAAAACCACUUAUUAUUCUAAUGUGCAAAUAGUUUUAUUCCUUUUAGCAUCCUUCUA